UUAAUGGCGUCUUCGUGUCAGAAGAGGUUAUGCGGUGAGGGACUCUAGAACCUUACAGGACGAAUUUUUGUGCUCUACGUUAAAAAACAAACGGCCAAGAUGACGAUUGGCAAGAACAAUAAGAUGCUGCAGCAUAUCAACUAUCGAGUUAGGAUCAUCCUGCAGGAUUCGAGGACAUUCAUAGGCACGUUCAAGGCUUUCGACAAGCACAUGAAUCUGAUACUCGGUGACUGCGAGGAGUUUCGCAAGAUCAAACCGAAGAACACGAAACAGCCGGAGCGAGAGGAGAAGCGUGUGCUGGGAUUCGUGCUUUUGCGGGGCGAGAAUAUUGUUUCUCUGACUGUGGAGGGUCCGCCGCCCCCCGAGGAGGGACUGCCUAGAGUACCGAUCCCAGGAGCGGCGCCAGGACCGGGCAUGGCCCGCGCUGCUGGUAGAGGCAUGCCAGCGAACGUCGCUGGGGUGCCGGCCGGACUGCAAGGACCCGUCAGGGGGGUUGGAGGUCCCUCCCAGCAGAUCAUGACACCCGGCAGCAGAGGUCAGGUCUCGGCGCCACCUCAGAUACAUCCUGGUGGUCCGCCGCGUAUGCCGGUCGGUGGGCCGCCACCGGGCAUGAUGGGACCGCCGGCUGGAAUGAUGGGUAUGCCACCCGGAAUGCCGCCUCUAGGACGUGGUGGUCCACCGAUGGGACCACCUGGUAUGAGAGGCCCGCCCCCAGGUCUGAUGCGCGGCGGCCCACCUCGUCCGUACUAGCAACUGGAUGAUUAAGACGCGUUCCAUAAUAACAUAGCUAGGAAUUCUUUUGUAAUAUUAAUACUGUGCUCUUUAAUCCUCACGAUACUUGUGUGAAUGUACAACGGUUUUAUAAACUCAAGAUUCAUAACAAAUAAUAAAAUCUGCUCAGGUAACGUUUUAAUCUUUGCUUAAAAGAAAUUAAUACAUUAGUAAUACCAUCGUAUAACUAGUAGGUCCACUCUCUGUCGGCCCUUUUAAUCUUUGCGGCCCCGAUCGAGUGGUAUUCCGUCAUUAUUUUGGGCAGCAAUCCAGCGGCGUGUGUGUGUACAUACAAUUCUUUUGUCAUUGAUCUGCCCAGCACAAUGUUGGAUGCGCAGAAGGAAUCGACGCAAAAUGAAACAAAUGACUAAGUGGACCUACUAGUUGUACUAUGGUAAUACUCGAAGACUCGUGUGGUCUUUUAAUUGAUAAAUUAAUUAAAAACUAAUUGAUGUCAAACAAUACACUUUUUACGCCUCUAGGAUAAAUCUUUUCCAAUAGCACUGUAAUAUAUCUUUUACCGAGCAUAAAGUUUCCUUAGUAUUGCGACAAA